AAAAAUUCCAGUGUGCGGUCUAUGGGCGGCGCUGUUAGGUUAAAAAAAUACCUAGUGGCUUGUGCCGUUUCGAUUCAUAUAAAAAUCCAUUUUCUUCGUGAACCAUCAAUCUUCUUCACAUGCAACUACAACCGUCUUUGAAAAUCCUCUCCACCAACCACUGCAACAUGUGUAGACCUGUCAAUCAUCCUUCACACUCACAUAUCAACGCUGAUGAAGUCAUAGACCCAUUCACAAUCACCAGCUUUGACAUUGAUGGACUCGAUCCAGUUACUAUCAUAGGAAACACCAUGUUAGUUGCAAAGACGAAGAAAACCAAACACAGGACCAAUAGGUUGAAGUUGGAGAAUAUUCCAGAGGAAACAGAGCUAUAUGUUGAUAAUAGUAAUGAAGAUACUCAUCAUCCAGGAGAGCUUGAAGAAGCGUGUAUUCACUUGGAGAUGGAUUUGGAAGUAUUGAGGAAGUCUAUUGAUGUAGGAGUUUGUGUGCUCUGUCUCGGCUUAGGUUACAUGGUUUCUACUAAGUUUCGACCCCAACAGAAAUUUUCUUCACUUUUAUCAUCGUCAUUUUUCUUCUUAUAACAUGCAUAGUUGAAAGUAUUACUAUUCAAUUUCUGCAUACAUCCAGUCCAGAUUCAGUUUUCAAGUUAUAUAUAGUCUUAUCUAGCACAACUGCAUCAUUCAUUUUUGAAGAUUUUUGUGUCUCUAUUGGCUUUGAUGAAUCAAUCUUGCUUGUUGGUUUUUGGAGGGGUAAAUCUGUAUUUUGGUAUAGAUUAAUUUUGCUAAUAUAUAAAAAAAAAUGAUACCUUAGUCGAACGUGUGAGGACAUUCUGAGACAAGCGAGAUUCCUAGACCAUUAUAAUGGUGUUUUGGGUGUUGCCUCAUACCAUCAUCAUAGUGGUGUUUAAGGCAUUGCCUUUGUUUUUCCUUGAUUAGGGGUAGGCCGCCCCUCUUUCUUUGACUUUUGAUAAGGCUCAAGGAUAGUAUGUUCAAACUUGUUAUGUUGAAAGAUUAUAAAAUAAAGUACAAAAAUUAUAAAAGGUUUGAUAUACUUACAUAAAAAA